AUGUUUGGAAGCACAUCCACCGCCUCCUACUUGCCUCUCAACACGCCAAGGCGCAUAAGUCCUUUCAGCUCGUCCCAUCUCGUAUCAUGGAUCGCCAAACACAAGGUCUUGGUCAUCUUUGUGCUCGUCGCGCUCAUUGUAUCGGUCCAAGUGCUUCUCGUCGGCCCCGUCGUGAUGGACAUGGAACCAGUGAAAAAGUUGCGAGAACAAGGUUUGCCGUCCAUCAAGUCGCCCAACUGGUUCGGCUCUUCCUCAGAGUCUGCCAGCUCUUGGUUUCCCUCGUCCAGCGAGACCUCGGCACCCGUUGCAGUCCAACCGCUCGGCCCCAACUCGUUUCCUCCACCAUUGAGCCAAGUGAGCAGCUUGACCGGCGUUACACAGUCUCAAGCCACGCUCUACAAGGACACGGAUCCACACCGUGGCGAGAUCCCCACGUAUCUCGAAGACCUUCUCAACAAAGAGCCCGUGCAUCAUCCUCCACCUUGGCCGCAAAAGGCACCCUCCAUCUCGCCCGAAAUAUGGACAACGCGCUUGUGGCAAGAUCGCUCUACGACACACGCCAGCGACGCCGACACUCCAGCCAAGCAGCCUCUGGAGCCCGAGUGGCGCACCGCCCCGUGGACCGGCUGGAGACCGCCGCUUGACGAGCUUUCUCAGCCAAUCAAGCCGAUAGCCAAGGUGCAACAUGCAUUCGAGGAUCCUACGCGUCACUCGGGUCGUCGCAACGAUCAAGCUCGAGAUGAGCUUAUCGCUCAACGCCAAAAGAUGGUACGCAACGCCUUUAUCCAUGCAUGGGAGGGCUAUAAGAAGCACGCCUGGGGUCACGACGAGCUGAGACCCGUGUCAAGGACCGCAGAAGAUCCAUUCAACGGCUGGGGCGCCAGCAUCGUCGACGCUCUCGACACGUUGCUCGUCAUGCGUCUUCCCAACGAGUAUGACUUGGCACGCCAGCAUGUGCGCGAUAUCGAUUUCCGUCUGAUCGGCGGCUCGCGCAGUGCCUAUGGCAGUGCAGAUGGUAAGAUUCCGGUGUUUGAGACCGCAAUCCGUUAUUUGGGCGGCUUCCUGUCAGCAUACGAUCUGAGCGGCGACAUUCUGAUGCGAGAUCGAGCUGAAGAGUUGGCACAGCUGAUCCUGCCCGCGUUUGACACGGUCACUGGUGUGCCUAAUGGCCGAAUCAGGAUGGUCGAGACUGCAGAGUACCCUCACAAACGUCCACAGCAACAGAACAGCGUCAUUCUCGCUGAAGCUGGCAGUUUGCUCCUCGAGUUCACUCGGCUCUGGCAGGUGACCGGGAAUCGCACCUACUUUGACCGUGUCCAGCGCACCACCGACUGGCUCGAUCACAACAUGACGGCUGCCGGUCGGAUCGAAUCGCUCUUCCCUUGCCAAAUCUAUCCGGAGCGCAACAUCUCGUACGGAACGAUCGGAUUCGGCGGCAUGGCCGAUUCGUACUACGAGUACUUGGUCAAAGAGUAUCAGCUGCUUGGUGGGCGGCUCAAGCAGUACAGCCGCAUGUACUCGGCUGCCAUUGAAGGAGCCAAGAAGCUGCUCAUCUCUCGCAUCGAUACGGUACCGGGAAUCAGCUUGAUCACACUCGGAGAGCUAUCCGGCUCGAGGUACACUGCCAAGCUGGAACAUCUUGCCUGUUUCAGUGGAGGCAUGCUGGGACUGGGUUCGCGCAUCAUAAGCCAGCGUGCCGAUGAUCUCGAUCUGGCCAAGGGCAUCACGGGCACUUGCUGGUGGGCGUACAACAGCUCGACUACCGGGAUCGGGCCUGAGAACAUGAUCUUCUACACGAAUGACGACGAUGAUCGUUUCGAGCUGAUCAGCCUUGCCGACGGCACGUCAAGGCGAGGCCAACCACGUGGGAGUCCUAUCGUCGGCGUGCGAAGUGUACAUACGAGCUAUCUGAAUCGGCCUGAGACGAUCGAGUCGGUGCUGUACAUGUGGAGGAUCACGGGCGACACCGAGUGGCAGGAGCGCGGCUGGCAGAUGUUUGCAUCGUGGGUGACGCACUGCAUGACCGACGUAGGAUUCAGCGCGAUCUACGACGUGAAUCGCACACCGGCGGGCUGGACGGACAGCAUGGAGAGCUUUACAUUUGCCGAGACAUUCAAGUACUACUACCUGCUGUUUUCGCCGCCAGACGUGAUCUCGCUGGACGAGUACGUGUUCACCACCGAGGCGCAUCCGCUCUUGGUGCCCAAGGACGGGCAGUGGGCGCGCGCCGGAAACGGAAGCAGCAAGUUCUGGGAUCCACACGCCAGUGCACACCUCGCCGAUCCACGCGUCUACCCCGGUGGCGAGAUGCGCCAGCCCGGAGGCCUGACCAACAACCAGAAGCAGAUGCUCUGGUCGCAGUGGCAGGCGAAAUCGUCGGCGACCAAGAUCCGCGAUCUCAUCAACGCGCUCGGUGCAGACGCACUCAAGAGCAAGCUGCGCAGCUUGGUGGAGCGUGCAGAUGCGACGACGCUGUCGGGGCUGGAUGCGGGGCUGGAUGCGACGAUUGUACCGGAUGCGGGGCCACAGGCAGCGAGUGAUACUCAGCACCGCGGUCUGCUCGCUUCGGUAGGCGGCACGUCGGUCUACGAGGCACACGACCGCUCGUUACACGUCGAGUUUGCCCCCCACACGCACGCGCAUACGCAGCAGCGCGUGCUGGAACAGCUCGACGCACAGCCCCUAGAUGCAUCCACGAUAGAUAGCGUGCUCCGCUCAGCCCAGCACGUCAGCGUCGUCCACGAGCAGCACCAACACGAACACCAACAGCAUCUAGCUCGGUUAAGGUCCAAAGGUAUUCGCUAG